AUGAGUGCCCAGGGGUGGACACCAGGCAAUCGUCUUGGUGCUGAGAAUGCCGCCCAUGCCGAUUUUUUGACCUCAGCCAGCACAUCUCAUAUUAAGGUGACCCUCAAAGAUGAUAAUCUGGGUCUUGGUGCCCGCGCCGGACGGGAGGGUGAGCCGACCGGGCUUGAUGCCUUCAAGGGUUUGCUGGGUCGGCUGAAUGGGAAAAGCGAGGGAGAAUUAAAGCAGGAUGAGCGGAAGCGGGAGGACGUGAAGCUUGCCCGAUACGUCGCUAUGAAAUUCCCAGAGGUGCGAUUCGUCCGCGGUGGUCUGUUGGUCCAAGAAAAACUUGAAGCCUUGCCCAAGAAGGCUGAAGCCAAGUCUGUUGAGAAUGCGACCAGUGAGGAAGCCGAUUCCUCGUCAAGCGAUUCGAGCGCCUUGAUACGCAAGUCCUCCAACUCCAAAUCCACAUCCAACUCCAAAACCACAUCCAAGUCCAAGUCCAAGUCCAAAUCCUCGAAGAAAUACCACUCUGAAGAGGAAGCAGACGACUCAUCCGAGUCCAAGAAGAAAAAGAAAUCCAGAAAGAGGAAGGCGGAAGCCGACGACGAAACCAUGGGUGAACAACAGUUGCAGGCUCCGAUCGGGUCUUCAAGCCCCAAAGCCAUGGUGGCUAAGGUCUCGACGUGCGAGAACGCCUUCCUAUCGGAAGGCAGGUAUUCCGAGGACGGCAUAUUGCGCAGAAGAAGAAAGCUCUAUUGGAUGACAAGUCUCUCAACGAGGUGA